AUGGUUGAACUUGUUCGUCGGAGCCGUCGCUACUUGCCACAUGUCGCCAGACUCUGUCUUGUUUCCACAUUUAUUGAGGAUGGAUUUCGUCUGAUUACUCAGUGGUCGGAACAAGUGGACUACAUCAAAGCUGUCUGGCACGUUCCCUCCUUUUUCGCUGCUCUUUUCAUAUUGGCAAAUAUCAUUCUACAGUUCGUUGGCAGCGGAUUUGUUCUCAGUCGUUACCAAGUUAAUGCCGGCGUCGCCGUACUGAUGUCCACUGUGCUUAUUCAGACAAUCGGCUACAAUGUUUGGACUCAGGUUUUCUUGAUGCGCAAUCUUUCACUGAUAGGAAGUUUGCUACUGAUUCUUGCGGAGGCUCAACAGGAGGCAAAACGUAUCCUGGCUGGGCUCCCUUCUUCCGGUGAAAACGCUCCCCGACAAUACUUGCUCCUUGGUGGUCGCAUUCUUAUCAUCCUCAUGUUCGUUACCCUAAUCCAUCUUGGCGGAAGUCUAUUUUACCUCAUUCAGAGCGCAAGUACUGUGAUCGAACUGACUGCCCCGUCUGUCUCUUCCGGGUUCCGAAUGCGCACCUCUGGUGAUGCAGAGGCCGGUGCAACUGGAUAUGCUGGGGACCGUGUCCUUUCUGGAGACCCGACGACAGAUUCCAUCCGGUGCGUCAUCCGACGCCGGGUGAAAUUGAGUGUCCGGGCAGACCGUGGAACUUGGUGGAUACGAAAAGCCCAAAAAAUGGAAGGUGCAAAGAAUGUUGGAAACGUGCGCAAGUUGUUCCACUUAACUCUUUUGAAUGGCCCUCAGAAGCCUCUUGUCAGCAAACUAAUCGGAGACCGAAAUGGCUCCCUGAUAUGCAGCAAAGCAGAACGUUUGGACCGCUGGGCACAGUACUUCGAACGGCAAUUCAAUGGGCCACCUGCUACCUCCAAUCCAGGAUCCUGGCCUUCAGCAGAAAGUCCCGACAUUUUGGUUACCACCUUUUUCAAAGGCUUCACAAAUGAAGAUAUGUCGGCCGCUAAUUUGGUCCUCAUCCUUUUGGUCGCCAUCGGAUACAAGACGAAACUGUGUGCUACCGUGUUGGUUUUGUGGCUGACCGCAAUGAACUUCUACUACAACCAAUUCUGGGCUGUACACAAUGACAGCCUAUUGUGGGACUUCCUCAAAUACGAUUUCUUCCAAACAUGGUCGGUCAUCGGUGGCCUGGGUUUGGUAGUGGCCUACGGUCCAGGUGGAGUAAGUGUGGAUGACUACAAGAAGAAGUGGUAGUCCUUGUCUUGUCCAUCUAAAUACUACCGCUGCCAGCCAGUCCUGUGUGGCUAAAACCUAUUCCGCUUGCAUUGUGUGCAAAAUAUGAUAAGAAGAGUUGACCCCUAUGACCGUAGAAGAGCCCUUUACUGAUCAGACCUUGUAUUACGAACCAUGUCAUUGUGUUCUUUUCAUGUCUCACUCUGCCCACUUUGUUUAAUUGCGUCGUUAUUGUGCAGAACAACCGUCUUCUUUUUCCAGACCAACCUUUUUCUUUUCUGCACAAAUCCGUAUUUUCUUUUGAACUGGUUCGUUUUGUCGAGUAAUAUGAUGUAAUUACGUUUGUC